AAAAAAAACGUUCAAUGGAUAAUAGUUAUUUGUUUGUAGUGGAGGUUAAGUGGUCAAAGGAUGGCAGGGGGUGGUCCGUCAUGACAUCGCAUGUAUCCACACACCAUUGGACUUCUUUUCUGCCGUUCAAACAGUCGACUCCUCUGUCUCGGGCAGACUUCCUGAACAAGUACAGAGGUUCUCAGUGAAGGAUUGCGACUUUACCUCGUCGUGGGGAAACUGUGAUGAGGUAAUAGGUAUGAGUUUUCCGUUCUUUGUGCAUAUGAUUUUUGGAGGAUUUUGGAAUGUGUGUGCUGCAUAUGGCGACUGCUGAAACACUCGACGCCUUUCUCCAUUGAACUACACCGUUGACGUUACCAAAAUAAGUAUCGCUAGCAGGCAGGCAAGAUGCCUAGUUCAGUGAAUAUUAUUGUUGUCUAGCCUUCGAAUCAAUUACGAAUAAGUCGGUAGGGUUGGCAAAUAUAACCAGUUACUUACAGCUCGUCUGACAGUUUUUACGUGUCUUUGCUCUGCAGCUUGUAAAAGCUAGCUAACACCACCUACCUAUCGCUAGUUCUAGCUGUUUUGUAGUUUCUUAUUGUUGACUUGUUAGCUGGCCAUCGUUUGCUAGCCAGCUGAUAGAAGACGGGACCAAAUACUGACAAUCCGUUAUUAAGUUGUUACACACGAAAGUGUUACAGCUGUGUAAUGUUAAUGCUGCGUUGCGCUACCUCUGUUAUGUUAUCAAUGGCUCCAUCUAGAUAGAGCCAAAAGUUGUCACUCGGUGGUUGACCAAUGCAUAGAGUAAUCUCAUCCUGGCUGCGCUAGUUCAUAAUCUCGCUAGAUAGCGAUCAAAAGACACCUAUACUGGGACGGACCUACCAUAACUCAGGGGAUCCUACGUAACCAGAGCACCAUGACGUAAUCAAAAGGCUCAAGGAAAAAAUAAGACUGUAACCCUUCUUGUGUAUGGAUUUUUCUUGUAAUUUUGCGUGUAUCCGUUGUACACUACAAGCAAGCCAGCUCAGGUGACAAGCAUUUCGUUGUUCAUGGAUUACAAAGGCUGGAAUCUGUGGCAUUUUUCCUUUGGAUGAAACGUCCGUCCCACCUGCGUUACCAGCUAGACGGAGACAGGAAGUGAAAGUCUUAUCCAGCCACCUCACUUCCUGUACACCGCCUCUUUUCCUCCCCCGCCCCCCCUACUCCUUGCUUGGCAUGCCUUCAGUUCCGGUGUUUCACGGCACAACAUUCUCCGCCUGACCAGGCCGACCGUAGAAGGCCUUCACCCUGUGUCUGUUUUCGUGUUUGUCAACUCGAUUUACCCUUUUUCUGAAUCAUGAUUUAUGUUUAGAAGACAAUUCCAAUAACGUGUGGAUGACUAGUGAUGUUCGUAUCACUGACCUCAUGACUUUGAUACGCCGCCUGGAGCUGCUUGGCCCGUGUAGUGCGGCAUAGCUAGUGUCACGCAGAUCAGAUACAUUUCAUAUCAUUCACUUUAUUUUAAAUACAGCAAAAACGCUGUAUAUAUUUUUUCAAUGUAGAUAUACAUAUUCGUAUGUAUAUAUGUAGGAAUUUGCCAUCCAUCAUCAGACAAUUGUUGAAGAGCAAUCUCAGCCUUCUAAAGCACUUUAAUUAUUUAGUCGAUUUUUAUCUGUUAUUAUAGCUGUAUAACUGCUGCGUGUGUUGUAACAUUUUUGUAAUUUUUCAUUAAUUAAAAAAAAAAAAAAUGGAUUGUGCAUGACCAACUGGAUUGGGAAUUGCCAUUCCAAAAAGGAAAGGAACACUACAUUUGAGGGAAAGGGAACUUGAGGGAAAAGGAAAUCAUCAGGGAUUUAAAAAAAAAAAAAAACAUCUGCUGUUUUAUUUUUAUUUUUUUUCAAACUGUUCUUGGCCCGUUCUGAGCUGAAGACGGAGAACCAGAUGACCCAGCUGUAGAGCACCGUAUUUAUAAACGAUAUAUAAACACCUAGGAAGGAACCAAGCAGAAGACGCAUCCUGAUUACCGGCUUUAAAAAAAAACAGUUGUUCCGGAACCUUCCAUGACCAGUCAUCUGCAUGCCAGGCCCGUCCUCCUGUCUCCGAACGUUCCCCAGGUAGCCCCUCGCGUUCCCACAGUCACCCCUGGCCACCCUUGCCCAGCGUGAGGAUGCGCUCCCCGGACCCCCAGAUCCCCUCUCCGUCCGAAGCCCUUCUCCACGGCCAGUUCUGGGGCUGGAGCACUGUUUCCAACAGUGGCAGUGGUAGUGGAGGAAGUAGUACUCCUGGUAGUGGAGGAGGGGGAGGUGGAGGUGGAGGUGGUGGCGGCAGCAAUGGAGCCAACAACAGCUGCCCCAACAGCCCUGGUGGUCCCUCGUCCCUCCAGGCCAGCAGCCCCACGGACACCUACGCCCUGACGCUCACCCACACACACGUCCACGUGCAGCGUCUCUCACCCCGGCCGGGCAAGGAGUCCCGGCUCCUCCUGCCUCUGGUGGAGCUGGCCGGCUGCAGCUGCCCGCGCUCCCCCGCCCCGCCCCUGCUGGUGCUGUACUGGUACCCGCCGGGGCGGCGCAGGAAAGGGGUGUCGCGUCGCCGGCAGGUGAGGGCCUACCUGGCCGAGAGCCGCGCAGACGCCGAGAGGUGGUACGCCGCCGUCCAGUGCCUGCUCCGAGGAGUCCUCGUCAACGCCACCACAGAGUUCCACAAAAGCCUGUUGCCCCGCCCCCGUCGCCUGCUGCUGUUGGUCAAUCCGUUCAGUGGGCGGGGUCAGGCCAUGCAGUGGUGUCAGACUCACAUCUUACCAAUGAUCCGGGAGGCCAACAUCAGCUACAACCUCAUUCAGACAGAGCGUCAGAACCAUGCCAAGGAGCUGAUCAGGGAGAUCUCCCUGUCUGAGUGGGAUGGCAUCAUCAUCGUUUCUGGAGAUGGACUCCUUCAUGAGGUGAUAAACGGACUGAUGGAGAGGUCUGAUUGGGAGACGGCCAUAAAGACGCCGGUGGGAAUUCUGCCCUGCGGCUCUGGGAAUGCCUUGGCCGGCUCCAUAAACCACUACGCAGGGUAUGACAUGUGCCUUCGAGAGCCCCUGCUCCUUAACUGCUGCUUCUUGCUCUGCCGGGGCGGGGUGAGACCCAUGGACCUGGUCUCUGUGACAACCAGUCCAUUGCCCCCCUCCUCGACCAAUCAGAAUGGGCGGCCGGCCGCCCCGCGGCGCCUCUACUCCUUCCUGUCGGUGGCGUGGGGCUUCGUGUCGGACGUGGACAUUGAGAGCGAGCGCUACCGGGGUCUGGGCUCGGCGCGCUUCACGCUGGGCACGCUAGUCCGCCUGGCCUCCUUGCGCUCCUACAAGGGCCGCCUCUCCUACCUGCCCCCCAACGCCGUCACCGCGUCCCCGGACGCCACGCCUCCGGCCCGCCGGCCCCUCUCCCGGAGCAUCACCGAGGGCCUGGAGGCCUUCUGCCGCACGCCCAUCCACCGCACCGUCUCCGACAUGGGCCUCGCCGAGCAGAGGAGCCUGCGCAAAGGCGACGGCGAGAGGGAGAGGGAGCGGCAGAAGGAGAGGGAGGAGAGGGACCGCGAGAGGGAGAGGAGGAGGCAGAGGGCCAGGGGGGUGGGGGUGGUCCGGGCCAGCAGCCUGGCCGAGGACCGGGAAAGGGAACUGGAGGCCGAGGGACGCUUGGGCGCGGGCGCCGACGACAGGAUGGAAGGGCACGAGGAGGAGAAAGAAGAGGACUCGGAAAGGGAGGAGCGCGGAGGCAGUGAGAACGACAGCAGGAGCAGCAGGGACGAGAGGAGCAGCGCCAGCAGCGGCAGCCGGAGCGAAAGGGGCUCCACGGACGGACAGAUCGGCGGACAAGCACAGGACGAGGAGGAGGAGGAGGAGGAGGAGGAGCAGGAGGGAGCCAUGGAGGCGCGAGAAGUCAGCGAGGGCUACGGGGUGGCCAUAGGCAAAGAAGCGCAGGAGUGCGAGGGAGGCGGUUGUCCCGACACCGACGAUGAGCUAGCAGCGCCCGACCCGCAGACGCUGGUGCGCAAGAACUCGGCGCCGUCCAGCCAGAUCGCCAAGGCCUUCUUCAGCCAGCCCAUCGGCGCCAGCACGGACUCGGACGCCGAGAUGGAGCCCGCGGCGUACGGCCAGCAGGACGAAGACAUCAACGGCACCUACUUCCAGCGCGAGGCCUACCCGCUGGAUCCCCGCGAGCGAUCGCUCACCAUCUCCUCCCCGUUCCGCCACUCGCCGUUCUCCAAAAAGCCCAAAGCGCUGGACCAAAACCAGAACUCCACGCGGCCGCGGCCGCUCUCCUUACUCCACCACCACUCGCACUCCAACUCCCUGCCCCCGAAGCUGCCCUCGUUGUCGCUCUCCCUGUCGCCGACGCCUCCCUCGUCCCCGAGCUGCGCCUCCCCUCACGCCUGCUCGUACCUGGCCCCGCGGCCCAACACGCCCGGCUCCUCCUCCCCCUCCCCCUUGCACCGCCCCCCCUCGCCGUCCUUCACCUUUGACCUGGCCGAGCCGGCGGGGCCCCUGAAGAACCGGGCCCACGUAUGCCACGGGCCCUACAACCCUCCACACGAUGACCUCCUGCCGCCCCUCGACCAGCCGUUGCCCACGCGCGACUGGGUGACCAUCGAGGGGGACUUUGUCUUGGUGCUGGCCAUCUACCAGUCGCACCUGGGUGCCGACCUGUUCGCCGCACCGCACGCCCGUUUCGACGACGGCCUGAUCCACCUGACGUUCGUGCGGGCGGGCAUCUCGCGCGCCACGCUGCUGCGCCUCUUCCUGGCCAUGGAGCGCGGCGCGCACCUCUCGCUCUCCUCGCCCUACGUCAGCCACGUCACGGCCAAGGCCUUCCGGCUGCAGCCGCUCUCCUCCCGCGGCACGCUCACCGUGGACGGAGAGCUGGUGCCGUAUGGGCCUCUUCAGGCACAGAUCCAUCCUUCCAUGGCCCGUCUCAUCGUGGGAGACUCAGGAGUGCGGAUCACCAGAUUCUGAGCAGUGGGGGACUCUGAUACACACACACACACACACACACAAACACACAUCCACAUCCAAUUUAACACACACACACACACACACACACACACACACACACACACACACACACACACACACACACACACACACACACACAUCCAGGGGAUGUGGAUUCACGUUGAUUGACGUUUUCUCCUCAUGUCACGCCUAGCUAUGUCUCUCCUUCACAGUUUUCAGUGGAUUACGUAAUCCCUUCAGUCUUCAGAUUUAGAACGAAGGAGAUUUAAAACACACACACACACAUAUUGAAAUAGCCAACCACUGGAAUACUGGUUCCUCCUGGGAUUUAAAGGGAUUGCCUGACCAGGCCCUGCACGCGUGUGGAUUAAUAGCGAAUUUAGCAAAAGGGAGAAAAAAAAUCAGCUGUGAGCCGUUGCCGUUGCAUAGCUGCUGCUGCUGCUGGAUUAUUCCGGGAUUACCCAUCGCCAUUGGCUGACGAGUAUGAGGAAAAAAAUAGAAAACACAAAUCCCAUGGGGUAAAAAAACAAACAAAAAAAAACUGAGAAAUCAAACAAGAACAGAGACUGAACAACAAAAAAGAACCAAGAUGGCUGAAUGUCUACAUCGUAGUUGUACACACUUCAUGCAUACUCCCAUGCACUACCACCAGCCCUUGCCUUAUACAGCACAUAGAGAAAGGAAACAAUAACAAAGGUGGAAAUUCUCUCCUCGUGUUCUAGAACCAGCCCAAAGGAAGCCACACCCUCAUACAUAGACCAACCGACCCCCCAAACACCACCUCCCCACAUCCCCUCUACACCACACCCCCCACACCGGCCUCUCCGCCAUUCCCUGCUUUGUGUUGUGGCCGUCCGUGCAAUGCCUUAUCCAGUUCGCCAUCUGAAAAAUGCAACCACCACCUCCACCACCUCCCUGUUAAUGCACUCCAUUCCAUUGAACCCUUGGAAGACCUCACGCUAGGCUUGUCGACUCAAAACUCCGGCUUGGGUCACACAGCACAAUAUGUCCCGUCCCGCAUUCAACAUCUGUCGGAUAGAUCGGCCUACUUUGUGUGCGUCAGUAGGCUAUGUCAAACACGAGACAAAACAAAAACACUGACACUCUACAACCUUCUCAUCAUGGCCAAGCUCUCCGAUCACCAAACUGACGCAGUCUUUGGAUUAACUUGAAACCUGAUUGAUGAAUGACUCGACUGCAAUGUAUUUUUGUAUGUUUGUGCUUGCAUCUUAAGGGAAAAAAGGAACGCAUAUAGCCCCUGGUAAAUGAGCGAGAGGAGAACUGUUCUCAAUGUGUUAAUCGUCCGUGUUUGAAAAUUGCAUUUGCCUGCCUUUUGCCAUGCAUGUGUAAUGAUGAUGGGGAUGGCUCUCUAAUGAAGCCGACAGAUGCAAAGUCUGCUGGGUGCUUUACUUAACACAAAGCUGUCAUUGCUGCAGCCGUGCUGCUGGCAGCCCACUGACGUAAUCUUCCUCUCCCUCCCUCCCUCCGUCCGUCCGUCCGUCAGUCCGUCCUCAUGCCCUUUCAUACUCUCCUCCGAUCACAGAUCAUUCUGAAAACUAGACGCUGACAGAGGGGGUAGCUUGGAUACAGAUGUACCAGGUGAUUCUAGUUCUUUAUUGAGAUUUUGAAAAAAAAAAAAAAAAAUGCAACGACACACACAACAAUAGCCUCUUGAUCUCUUCACGUGAGGACAUGGGUCCAGAAAACUGUAAACAAUGUUUUUUUUCUUUUUUUUUUUCCUAAGACUUUGUAAGCAUCUCCUGCUCUCAUCCUGAUGUUUUGUCUCUGCCUGCUCUCUUGUGACGCUGAGCUCAACAUUCUUUUUCAGGGGUCCGUUUCUCGAUUCUUGUCGUUGCUAACCGUCUUAAGACCGUCUUAACCUUUGAUUUAGUGGUUAGUGUCGCUGUCGAGAGAGAGUUGAGUCGCUCGUACGAAGGACUUUGCUAACGACGAUAGCAAAGACGCUUUCGAGAAACGGACCCCUGGAACAUAGAUUAGGCCUACAGGAUGCCCAGGGCUGUUGUUGUUCACGCCUUAUCAAAACAACCAGUUGAGCAGUUAUUUUUGCCUCUAGGAUAAACAGACACUAAAAUGAAUGGCAUAAAAUGCGUUUUUAUUUUUAUUGUAAUGGACAGGAUUGUUCUAGAUUAAUAAUUUCUGAGGAGCAAUGAGUUUCAGUUUAUGUUUGUUUGGGUUUUUUUUUACAUUUCUGAUCGGACCAUUGAAUGACGCUUAGCAAUUAACAAUUAGUCUAGCCCUAAGAACCUGGUUUCUAAUCGUGUUUAUGGAGCAAUGGGUUUUGCCAUUCCACCAAGGCCACAAUUCUGUUGAGUGGUGACAUUGAAUUUUAGGUUUCUGUCUUCUUUUUGUUUGUUUGUUUCUUUCUUUCUUUCUUUUUAUCUGCUGACAAGUUGUCAUUUUUAUCUCAAUCUUCCAUAAUGGCAUGUAAUAACUUGAUGAAAUGUUAUCAGGGGCCAGUAAGGCCUAUGCACUUUUAUGUUCUCUUUCUCUGCUGGAACAAAAAGAGAAAAUGAAACAUCUUUUUUCCAUGGGUUUGAAGAGAUUGAUCUGUCCGUAUGCUUUGCUUUCUAUUUUAUUACGUAUGUUUUAAUGUCUCAGCAAAAUCAGCAAACAUUUGCAGGUAGCAAAACCGAUCUUGGGCUUUGUUGAAUUUUUUGUGGAAUCAUGGUUGAAUACGGACAAAAAUAUAUCUGCCUGUAGGUCCACAAUUCACUCAAUCGUUCUCUUAAAUAUGUGACUAGUUUUUAUUUGGCCAGUGGAUUGACAGUAGCUGGGUUUUGGAUGUUGGACCAUCUGUUGUAGAGCAAUUGUAAGAACAAUACCAGGCAUACAUGCCAGUGAAGAUGUCUUGUUAAUAGUUUACUAUGAUGCCUGUAAUAAAAGUGUAAUUAUUACUAAAAUAUUCUAUAAAUAAAUAUAUAAUGUACAGUACAUAGCUAUAUGGUUUAAAAUGUUUCUCUUCAUUAAGAAUAAAUUUAACUGUGAAAAAUGCCUCAGGUUUCAUAGUCUUGUCUGUAGAUUAGAUUGACACAUUUUUAAAUAGUUUUCAUUAAAAAAAGAAUGAACACAAUGUAACAAACACACAACUGCUCAGCUCUCUGUCAAGACACAUCAUGUGUGACUUACCUAUUCUGGAUUGAACAAGUGUUUAUCUAGUUGAGUACUCUGGUGUAUUGCCCUGUGUUUUAACACUAUAAAUAAUGCAUGGUUAACACCAUCAACGUAACAGAACAGGAAGUAAUCAAUAACUAACUUUGGUCACAGGUUUGUUCACCCCAGUGAGUUAUUUGUGUCUAUGGUAGGCUAUGUCCCUGUAUGUCACAGGCAUACAUUAUGUGCAUGUUGG